AUGGCAUCUUGGUGCCCCCCACCCCUCCGUGACAGCCCCUGGGCCAGGAACCGGCGGGGAAGCUGGUUGGCAUGGAUUCCUGUGGACCAGUGGCACUGGGGAGGCCAGGGAAGGGACUUAGUACAGGGUGAUCCAGAAAGACUAGGGAAGCGGAGGCCCACCCGCCACCUGAAGGCCAUCCCCGCAUGUUGUGAAGAGGCUGCCUCGGGGAAUAUUCAGCUGAAAUAUUUCCUAGGAGGAGUGGCUAUUGGGGGAGGGGGAGAACGGAAACAGGAAGCUGAACACGUCAGAGAUGCAUCUGAGGAUCACAAUCAGUUCUACGCUGCCAAAGAUUUUAAAACACACACACACACACACAAAAUAAGAGGGCCCAAGAGGAAGACAUUCCUUCUGCAAUGA